UGCGCGCAUGACGCCGCCAACUGGCCUCUUCACAGCGUCCCCCAAGGUAGCGUGCUCGUACAAGUCACGUCGGUGCAGUGACCCGCGCGCGCUCAAGCGCAACGGCCAAAUGCCCACGCUCUGCGAGUUUCACCGCGCGCGUCAAAACACGCACCAGCGCAAGAGGAUCGCAAGCUCAAGGUCGCACGGCAGUCGCAAUGCCCACCGCGAUACGAGACUCCUCUGCUUCCACCUCUCGCGCUCGUCUCGCCCAUCGAAAUGACUUCGGCAACUGCGCACCUCCUUGAACCACCCACCGCGGACUGCGUAGUCGCCGCCCACCACACAAUAGUGGACGCGCUAUGACAGGCUUCGAGACUCUCCUCUGUAUAAACUCGAGACGCUGUUGCCUUCUAUAAACGAGCCAAUCGUAGCCCUGCUUGUUCCA